AUUUGCAGCAGAACGGCGGUGAGUUCGGCGCCUCCGGGGUCACUCCCGGUCAUCCUGGUGACUUUACCGGCGAGAGCCUCUUCCGCCUGGACAUUUACCGCUGCCCGUAGCGGACAGAAGGCUCCCGGUGAUCGGUCUCUGCUGUGUGUCUGAGGUGGAACGGAGAAGCUAAUGCUAGCUGCUGUUUUUAGCUCAGGCUAACCUAAGCCGGGUCAAAGGUGGGGAUGGCCAAAGCUUGUGGAUUUGUCAGACCUCACCACUUUGUCAAGCCGGUGUGCGGGACUCGAGUCUCUGGGAGGUACCGGUCCCACCAGCAGGGGCUGCCCACUCUGCCCGUGCCCCCUCUGCAGCAGACCUGUGAGCGUUACAUCGCUGCCUUGGAGCCCAUCACAGAUGUCGCUGACCUCCAGCACACGAAGACGCUGGUGGAAGAGUUCCAGAAGGCCGGAGGGAUUGGAGAGAGGCUGCAGAAAGGCCUUGAACAGCGAGCCCGCCGGGCCGAGAACUGGUUGUCAGACUGGUGGGUUCAGGUGGCUUACCUGGAGUACCGGAUGCCGGUGGUGGUCCAUUCCAGCCCUGGGUUGGUUUUGCCGCGGAUGACUUUCAGCGAUCAGGCGGGUCAAAUAAGGUUUGCUGCCAAACUUAUCGCAGGUGUCCUGGACUUUAAGACAAUGAUUGACAAUGAGACUCUGCCGGUGGAGUACAUGGGGGGGAAGCCCCUGUGUAUGAGCCAGUACUAUGAAGUCCUGUCAUCCUGCCGGAUCCCUGGUCUGAAGACAGACUCUGUGGUGAACCACGCCAAGAGUUCACCCCCCCCCAGACACAUUACUGUGGUGCACAACUUCCAGUUCUUUGAGCUGGAUGUGUACAGCGGGGAUGGAAGUCCGCUGACGGUGGACGACCUUCACGUUCAGCUCCAGAGGAUCUGCAGGGCUUCACCAGAACCCAGUGCUGAGCCUGUCGGCAUCCUCACCACCAUGCACCGGGACGCCUGGGGAAAGGCCUAUCUCAACCUCAUCAAAGAUCCCACCAACAAGGACUCGGUUUCCACCAUCCAGAGGAGCAUCUUUACGUUGUGCCUGGAUGGAGCGAGGCCUCCAGGCCCGGAGCAAACGUACCGCAGCAACGCUGCCACUCAGAUGCUCCAUGGUGGAGGCAGCCAGCAGCACAGUGGCAACCGCUGGUUCGACAAGACUCUGCAGUUUAUUGUUGGAGAAGACGGGUCAUGUGGUGCAAACUACGAGCACGCUCCAGCUGAAGGCCCGCCCAUCGUGGCCUUAAUUGACCACGUUGUGGAGUUUACGAGGACGGCGGAGGCAAAGGGGUCUCCAGCAGCAUCUUUACCUGAGCCCCGGAAAUUACCCUUCAACAUCACGCCAGACGUCCAGACAGACCUGGAGGUGGCCAAGCGCAGCAUGAACACACUGGCACACGACCUGGACAUGAAGGUCGUGGUGUUUGAGCACUUUGGCAAAAACGUCCCCAAAACGUACAAGAUGAGUCCGGACGCCUUCAUCCAGAUGGCCUUGCAGCUGGCCUACUACAGGUUGCUCCGCCGCUGCUGUGCCACGUAUGAAAGUGCAUCUCUGCGGAUGUUCAGACGCGGCCGCACGGACACCAUCCGCUCGGCCUCCAGCGCCUCUGCUGCCUUUGUCCGGGCCUUUGAUGACCCCGUCAGACAGAACUCUGAGAAGCGGGAGCUGCUGGAGAACGCCGUGAAGGCUCACAGGUCGUACACCAACAUAGCUGUCAGCGGUCAGGCCAUAGACAGACAUCUGCUGGGCCUGAAGCUGCAGGCUGCUGAGGAGAAGCUGAGUGUUCCCGCCAUCUUCACAGACCCCGCCUACGCCAAAGCCUUACACUACCAGCUGUCCACCAGCCAGGUACCCUCCAAGACCGACUGCGUCAUGUGUUUUGGUCCGGUCGUACCAAACGGCUACGGCGUGUGCUACAACCCCAUGGAGGACCACGUAAACUUCGCCGUGUCGUCGUUUAACAGCUGUCAGGAAACAGACGCGGCCCGUCUGGCUCGGGGGGUGCAGGACGCUCUGCUGGAUAUGAAGACGCUCCUGGAGAAGACUCCCAAGUCCAGACUGUGAGGAUGGAGGAUUUCUCUGCACGGAGCCUCAUGACUUGACAGCUGGAAGUUGAUCGUUCAGCCAGUCAGUCAGUCCUCUAAUCUCAUGAAUCCCACGUUGCACUUUGGGGGUUUUCUCCCCCCCCCCCCCCCCCCCCCCCCCCUAUUGGCUCUGAUGUAACGGUUCACAGGAGAAGAAUCAGGCUGAGAAUGAAUAAAUGGAUGAAAAUCCACCAACAGAUUUCCGAGUUCUGAAGGAUAAAUGUUUGUGAUUUAAACAGCUGAUCUGUUCAGGAACAGACUAGCGUGCCUUAAAGCCGAUCAGAACUGCUUCGUAAGUCAUCUUGUUUUUGUGUUUUUGUGUGUGGAAGUGCAAUAGCGUGUUGGAUGGAUCAUCUGUAAACCGACUGAACCUCCUUCAGUGGAGGCCAGGCUCUUCCUGGAAAGCUCUGUCCGCAGCUAAAAUGAGAUGGAAUUAUUACAUUCAUAAUGAAAGAAUGUUCUCACACUAAUUAUGAUCACAUCCACAUUUUGUCUUUCAAUAAAUUCACGUCCAACCUUUGA